UCAGUACCGGUUCCUAUGCUGAUCCUCCUCCACUGCUGCUGCUUGGCCAUAUCCCGUAGCCGGCUGCUUUGCAGGUAGCAUCGGUUGUGGAGCGCUAACACCAGGUGCUAAAAUGCUAAACAUAAUCAGUUUGCAAGGCCUGACCCGGGAGCUGUCUCUGUACCUGGAGAACCAAGUGCGCGUGGGUCUGUUCGGCUCCGGGGUGGGCUUGUCCUUGGUGCUGGGCUUCGGUGCAGCCUAUGCAUGCUACUACUUGAGUGUCAUAGCCAAGAAACCUCAGCUGGUGACAGGUGGGGAGGUUUUCAGUCGCUUCCUGAAACAUCAUUGUCCGGCAGUGACGGAAACAUACUAUCCUACAUUAUGGUGCUGGGAGGGCAGAGUUCAGACAUUACUGCGACCCUUUAUCACUGUCAAACCACAAGUGCAUUACAACAACGAACUUAUUAAAACAGCAGAUGAAGGACAGAUUUCUCUGGAUUGGUUCAAUAAUGAUGAAAAUACACAUUACCCUGACCCCAGCACUAGACCUACAAUCAUUUUACUGCCUGGUCUCACUGGAACAAGCCGGGAAUCAUAUAUCCUCCAUAUGAUUAAGCAUAGUGAAGCACUUGGAUACAGGUGUGUUGUGUUCAACAAUCGAGGUGUGGCUGGCGAGGAUCUGCUGACACCAAGGACGUACUGUGCAUCUAACACAGAGGAUUUGGAGACGGUCAUUCAGCACGUGCACGCUAUGCACCCAGGUGCUCCUUUGCUGGCUGCAGGUGUUUCAAUGGGAGGAAUGCUGCUCCUGAACUACCUGGGGAAGACGGGGAGAGAGACCCCACUACAGGGAGCUGCUGCAUUCUCUGCAGGGUGGGAGGUCUUUGAAUCUGCUGUAACUCUUGAGAAACCUAUUAACUGGAUACUUUUUAACUACUAUUUAACAACUUGUCUACAGGCAUCAAUUAUCAGACACCGUUCUGUUUUGGAGAAGCAGUUUGAUAUUGGUUACAUCAUGAAGGCUAAAUCCAUUCGAGAGUUUGACACAAGGUUCACAUCAGUGAUGUUUGGAUACCCCACAAAUGAUCAAUAUUAUAAAGAUGCCAGCCCCUGUCACAGGGUCAAGUCAAUAGAAAUACCUGUUUUAUGUCUAAAUGCUGUGGAUGAUGUAUUCUCUCCUGGACAUGCAAUUCCUGUGGAAAGUGCCAAACAAAAUCCAAACGUUGCCUUGGUGCUAACAGCCUAUGGAGGCCAUAUUGGUUUUCUUGAGGGAAUUUGGCCAAGACAGCAAACCUACAUGGACAGAAUUUUUAAGCAGUUUGUACAAGCAAUUGUUGAGCAUGGCAAGGAAAUUUCUGAUCUGUAGCUGUUACAUUUUUGUCUAUAAAUACAUUGGUAGGUUCUGAUCAUGCAGAUUAAGUUUAUGCACAAGGUAUCCCUUUAGUUGCCAGUGGCUCAUCAUAACAUGAGACUUCCACGGCUUCUAAGGGAUAAACAAUUAGAUCUUAGUAUCUAGCAUUCAAACUGUUGCAAAAAUAUUUACUAUUUUAUAGCAAGAAUUUGCAGUCAAAAAUGUUAGUAUUUUCU